UACAAGAUUGUAAUUGUUGGAGGCGGUGGCGUCGGCAAGUCUGCUUUAACAAUACAAUUCAUUCAAUCACAUUUUGUUGACGAAUACGACCCAACCAUUGAAGAUUCUUAUAGAAAACAAUGCGUCAUUGAUGAAGAAACAGCUUUAUUGGAUGUCCUUGAUACAGCAGGACAAGAAGAAUAUAGUGCUAUGCGAGAACAAUAUAUGCGAAAUGGCGAAGGGUUUAUAUUAGUCUACUCUAUCACUUCCCGCUUAUCUUUCGAAGAAGUCAACACAUUUUACGAGCAAAUUCGACGUGUAAAAGACCGCGAUGCUUUUCCUAUGGUUCUGGUCGGCAAUAAAUGUGAUUUAGACAGAGAUAGACAAGUGUCGCAGCAAGAAGGUAGAGAUUUGGCCAAAAGUUUCGGCUGUCCCUUCUUUGAAACAUCAGCCAAACAGCGUAUUCGAGUGGAUGAUUGCUUUUAUGAAGUUGUAAGAGAGAUUCGUAGUAUGAAUAAAGAACAAGACGGCAAUGGAAGUAAUAAAAAGCAAAGAAAGGAUAACUUUGACAUGACUGAAGGUCAGGGUGGAGGCUGUUGUGGCUGUAUUUUGAUGUAA